AAUUUGGAAAAUUCUCUAGUUCGAUUCGAGAUACGAUUUGACCUACUGAAGGUGUAAAAAGGUCGGUGGAAAUCGGUUAACAAUUAGCAGUACUAUUCGAACGAAACUUUAAAUUGUUUUAAUCAAAAGUGACGACAAAAUACUCCAAUAAAACAAAUCAACUGUAGUAUAUCGGAAUUGACAAACUACAACAAGUCUGUCGAAAAAUGUUGAGAACAAUCGCCAGCCGUAAUGAAUGGAUUUUCCGUAGAACAGUGACCAGUGCAACGCGUUCAGCUGCCCGUGUUCUUAGUUCACAAGCAGCCAGGAAUUUAUCUUUGAUCAGAUCUUCUGGAAAAAUUUUGUCCAAUCAAACAAAACCUUUGGGAGUAUGGAACACAAAUUUUGUGCGUGCUUACGCCGAUUAUCCCGAUCAUAUCAAAGUUGCUUUGCCAGCUUUAUCACCAACUAUGGACCAGGGUACCAUUGUUAGUUGGGAAAAGAAGGAAGGUGACAAAUUGAAUGAAGGUGAUUUAUUGGCUGAAAUUGAAACCGACAAGGCCACCAUGGGUUUCGAAACACCUGAGGAGGGUUAUUUGGCAAAAAUCAUGAUCGCUGCCGGUACUAAAGAUGUACCAAUUGGUAAAUUGGUGUGUAUCAUCGUUCAGGAUGAAGCUGAUGUUGCUGCCUUUAAGGAUUUCAAAGACACUGCUGGUCCAGCGGCACCCGCAGCAGCCCCAGCACCUGCCCCAGCUGCUGCCGCUCCCCCACCACCACCACCAGUUGUUGCUGUUGCUCCACCACCACCAGUAGCUGCACCUCCCGCUCCUGAAGGCGGUAAGGGUUUAACCGCUGUGGAACAACGUGGUCCACGGGUUUAUGCUAGCCCCAUGGCAAAAAAAUUGGCUGAAGCCCAGCAAUUACGUUUAGAAGGACGUGGCAGUGGUGUUCAUGGUUCCAUUAAAUCCUCCGAUCUUGCAGGCAAAGCCGCAGCUGCACCAGCCGCUGCAACAGUUACCGCUCCCCAAGGAGGCUACAUUGACAUCCCUGUCAGCAAUGUUAGAGGUGUUAUUGCCAAGCGCUUACUGGAGUCGAAACAACAAAUACCUCAUUACUACGUAACUGUAGAGUGCCAAGUGGAUAAUCUCAUGAAACUCCGUGCUAAAGUUAAUAAAAAACAUGAGAAACAAGGAGUUAAAGUAUCUGUCAACGAUUUCAUUAUCAAAGCCACUGCCGUCGCUUGUCGUAAAGUACCCGAAUCAAACUCUUAUUGGAUGGGCAAUGUAAUCAGACAGUUCGACAAUGUUGAUGUCUCCGUUGCUGUUUCAACUGAUAAGGGUUUAAUCACCCCCAUCGUUUUUAGCGCUGAUCGUAAAGGCGUUGUUGAAAUUUCCCAAAAUGUUAAGGAAUUAGCUGGUAAAGCACGUGAAAACAAACUGCAACCUCAUGAAUUCCAAGGAGGCACCGUCAGUGUUUCAAAUUUGGGCAUGUUCGGAGUUACACAAUUUUGUGCUGUCAUCAAUCCACCACAGUCUUGCAUUUUAGCUGUAGGCACAACCGAAAAGAAACUGAUUGCGGAUCCUGACAGCCUUAAAGGUUUCAAGGAAGUCAAUGUAAUGAAGGUCACCCUAUCAGCCGAUCACAGAACUGUUGAUGGUGCCGUAGCUGCCAAAUGGUUGCAACACUUCCAAGAAUUUAUUGAAGAUCCUGCUUCUAUGAUUCUCUAAGAGGAGUAGUUUUACGUUCUCUCCAUUACAUUUGAAAUUUUCAUGUCACCUUAAAAUCCUGCCAUAAGUUUUCAACGUAUAUGGUUGGCAUUCAACGAACGGAGUGGAAAUAAAAUCAUACCUAUCUAUAUAAAUCACAUUUCUAGUAAAUUGUGCGUUAUUCAAAACAUUAGAAAAUUAAUUGGAUUUAUUUAAAAUGGAUUUUUGUUUGUUAUUUUUUUUUAAAAAAAAAAAGAUUGUAUUUAUUAAUUUUGUUUUAAAAUGGGAAAAAACAAACACAAAAUGAUAAUUAUUAACGCAAAGAUAUUAAUUUAAACAGGAGAUUGGUGGAACAUUUAAUUUAUAAUUUCCAAUCUAUAAUUAAAUUAAAAAUAUACAUUAUUUUAAGCUUUACUCCCAGAAAAAGAAAACAAAAAACAAACUAACACAUUUUAUUAAUUAAGACUCAUUUGGGGUCCUAGAAAAACGCAUCAUCAAACAUUGUAAAAACAAAAAUCAUAUAUAAUUUGUUGUUGCUAAUCGUAUUGCAUUCAAAAUGAAAUAUGUACGAAUAAACAUAUAGAAAACUCACUGUAAUAUAAA